AUGGGCUCCUUCAGAGAUCAAAUGAAAGGGUUCCCGUUUCGCCAGAUGACCAUCAUCUGCUUGAUCCGGUUUUCUGAACCCAUCGCCUUCACCUCGCUAUUCCCCUAUGUCUAUUUCAUGAUAAGAGAUUUCAACAUUGUUGAUGACCCGACGGAAAUCUCCAAGUACACGGGGUACAUGGGAGCGUCUUUUGCAUUUGCCCAGUUUCUUUGUUGCAUCCACUGGGGCCGUCUUUCGGAUAGAAUCGGCAGAAAGCCCGUGCUUCUACUAGGCCUUCUAGGCACCAUGACGUCGCUACUAAUAUUUGGCUUUUCCACUAAUUUCUAUAUGGCCAUUACUGCCAGAUCGCUUAUGGGCGCUUUGAACGGGAAUGUGCCUGUUUUGCAGACCAUGGUCGGUGAAGUUGUGUCUGAAAGAAGACACCAGUCUAUUGCAUUUUCAUGCCUCCCGCUUCUAUGGAACGUGGGGUGUGUGUUAGGACCUGCUAUCGGCGGUUCCCGGUACUUGACGAGACCUAAAAUGCCUUCUGAAGAUAUAGAGGUGGCUGGCGCUUACGAUCGGUUUGUAUCUAAGCAUCCGUAUGCCAUGUCUAACAUCGUUGUGGCAAGUCUUUUGAUGUUCAGUUUCAUUGUGGGGUUCCUUUUCCUUGAGGAAACUCAGCCUAGAGCAAAGAAGAACCACGACUACGGUUUGGCUAUAGGUGAUUGGAUCUUGCGGUCGCUUGGGUUUACUCCACUGGCUCGCUCCAGAGCUUUGGCUUCCAAGACGGCUUCUACUCAGCAGCGUGAACCUUCUGAAACCACGCCUUUGACCGCAGACAACCUUUACUCUGCUGUGGAUAACGAUGUUUUCGAUGAAAACGACGAGGACGACCGCUCUAUCAAUUCAUACGAGCAGCCAUUGACCCGCAGAACAUCUUUAGCCUUUAUCCGCCGUUACUCGAAUGCUUCGCUCACUCGUACAACGACAAACCAGUCUGUACUCGAUGAGACAAAGGACAUUUUCAAAGCAUUCGGCAACAAAAACAUCUUCAGCAACAAGGUUCGUGGUACCAUUCUCGCAUACUUUUGUCUUGCUUUUCAUUGUCUUGUGCAAUCUGAGUUCUUGCCUGUUUUCCUUGCAGGCAGAUUCCAGCUCGAGCUGCUCAAGUUCCCUUGGCACAUCAAGGGAGGCUUAUCUUGGGAAACCAGCGAUAUCGGAACUUUACUUUCCACAACGGGUUUCGCUGGCUGUUUCAUCAUCAUUGUCGUGUUCCCUUUCUUGGAUAGGUACAUGAGAAACAUUGAUGUUUUGAGACUAGCCUCUCUAUUCUUUCCUUUUGCCUACUUUUUCAUACCCUACAUGGUGUUCUCUAAGCCAGAAUACCAGCCAGGUUUCCCAGCAUGGUUCUCUACUGCUGGUAUUUAUACGUGUGCUUCCGUGCAAACGUUUGCAGCUGCCUUGUCGUUCCCUCAGAUGGUGAUCUUGGUGUAUCGUGCCACUGUGCCUAAACAUCGUGCCUUUGUCAAUGCUACGUCCAUGAGCGCUACAGCACUUGCCAGAUGCGUAGCUCCAUUACUUUGGGGUGGUUUGAUGUCCUUCUUUGAUAAGAGAGGAGUGGCACAGAUGUCAUGGUUGAUUCUUUCUGUGAUUGCCAUUUUAACCCUGGUCUUGGCCUUCAAGUUGGACGAGUACGACGAAGACUUGCAAGAACAAGAAGAGGAGGUGUAA